AUGAAGAGUAAGUGCAAGAUGCAAAGUGAUUUGUGUGGAGAAGCAAAGCUUAUGGCUUUGUUAAUGGUGGGCAUAGUAAUGAUAUCUAAAGUUUACUCUCAAGAAUUAAGAGUAGGGUUUUAUAGUGAAACAUGUCCUUUGGCAGAAAAUAUUGUGAGAACCACAGUGGCAAAGGCUGUUGCUCAAAACCCUGGAAUGGGUGCUGGCCUUAUUCGAAUGCAUUUCCAUGAUUGUAUUGUUCUAGGCUGUGAUGCAUCAAUACUCCUUGACAAAACACCACAAAAUCCCGAUUCUGAGAAAGACAGUAUUGGCAACCCAUUACUGCGAGGCUUCGAAAUAAUCGACGAUGCAAAAUUUGAAAUCGAAUCUCGAUGUCCAGAAACUGUUUCUUGCGCUGACAUCUUAGCCUUUGCAGCUCGGGACAGUGUCGCGACACUUGGUCAGUUCACCUACGCUGUCCCAGGCGGUCGUCGUGACUCACUUGUCUCUCAUGGGAUAAAUGUUUCCGACAAUGUCCCUUUUCCAUCAACUAACAUCGCGUUUCUCGUACAACAUUUUGAAGAGCGAGGCUUGUCGCUAAGAGACAUGGUGGCGCUUUCUGGGGCACAUUCUAUUGGAAGGACAGGUUGUCCAGAAUUUUCGGAACGGCUUUUCUCGAGCAAUGGAACAGAAAUUACUGACCCAAGUUUGGACCCAAUCUUUGCGACUACUUUGAGAGAGAAGUGUCCAUUUGGUAGCGGGUUUGAUAAGACAGCAGAUUUGGACAAUGUGACGCCAAACCAUCUGGAUGUUCAGUUUUUUGAGAAUUUGAAGAAUAAGAUGGGGGUUUUGUCGUCGGAUCAAGCGAUUGCGACUGACCCUCUUACUGCAGCGAUAGUGAGUACAUACCAAGGGAACAGAGCAAUAUGGAUGAGGGAUUUCUCAGCGGCUAUGGUGAAGAUGGGGAAGCUACAGGUUUUAACUGGAACUCAAGGGGAGAUUAGAAAGGACUGUCAUUUUAGGAACUAG